UGUCUUGGCAGAAGUUCAAUGAGCAGCAGGAGGAGGAAGGGGGAGAGCCGAGCACGCAGGCGCUCCUGGGCACUGUCGAAGAAUCGAGUCACUGGAGCAGAGCGCACCAGCGGCGGCGGCGGCGGCGGCUUCUGGAGUCCCCGCCCCAAUGCGAGUGUCUGGGCGGCCGGCAGCCGGCGGGCAGCGCUGUAGUAGCGAGAGCGCGACGCGGGCAGAGCGAACUGCGCGCUGUACUGGGGGGGUCGGAGAGCGUCUGGUUUGGGCGAUGCGUCUCGCCGCGUCCCGGUGAGCAACUGCAGCCUGAGGGGCUAGGAGAGCGUGGCCCGGGAAGAAGCCGGCGGUGCUUUUCGCCCUCACCCAGUCUUGGAGCUGCACUUGUCGACGGCGGGAGGCGGCCAUCGGUGCAAGAGGCUGCAGCGGCUGCAGAGCGCAGAGUCUCCCCGGUGGCUCGCAGAGCAGCAGUGGGAAGAGGAGGCAGGGGAGGAGACUCGGGGCGCUCGCUGCCCCUGGACUCGGCCAUGUCGUCCGCGGCGGUGGCGGUGGCGGCUGCCUCGCGCAGGCAGUCGUGCUACUUAUGCGACCUGCCCCGCAUGCCCUGGGCCAUGAUCUGGGAUUUCACCGAGCCCGUCUGCAGGGGCUGCGUCAACUAUGAAGGCGCCGACCGGGUGGAGUUCGUCAUCGACACGGCUCGGCAGCUCAAGCGGGCGCACAGCUUCCAGGAAGGCCGGGCUCCUCCGCCACCGCACGCCAAGCAGCAGCCGCCGCCGCUCAGCGCCAAGGAGAUGCACUCGGCCGCCGUGGCUGCAGCCGAGGCGGCCGCCCGCGCUCAGCCGCAGCCCCACGAGCGCUACUCUCUGGCGCCUGCCGCUUCUUCCGAGCGGCCGCCGCGCCUGGGACCCGAGUACGGAGCGGGCAGCCGACAGGUCAACGGCAUCCUGGUGCCCAACGGCUUUUCCAAGCCCGAGGAGCCGCCGGAGCUGAACCGCCAGAGCCCCAACCCGCGGCGGACGCACGCCGUGGCACCCACCCUGGUGCCCCUCAUGAACGGAGCUUCCCUCCCCGCCGCCAUCAACAUUAACAGCCGCGCUGCGGCGGCCGCGGCGGCCUCGUUGGCCGCUAUCUCCGGAGCGCCCACCCCGCUGCAGGUGUCGGUCUCGCAAGCGCAGCAGAGCCAGCAGCAGUCCGGGGAAGUGGGGGGGCACAAGCGGCCCGGCUCGGUUUCCUCGUCGUCGUCCAGCAGCGGUGGCGGCAGCGGAGCCAGCGACCUGGAGGGCAAGGACAAGGGGCAGCAGCAGCAGCAGCAGCAGCAGCAGCAGGCGCGGGGCUCGGCGGACAACUUGGAGCAGCUCGGCGUGGAGAGCAAAAGCCGCGCGGCGGCAGCGAGCGCCGAGCAGGAGUGGAUGGGCAAGCCCAAGACUGUGCGAGACACCCUGCUGGCCUUGCAGCACGGCGGCCACGCGGUGCCCUACGAGAGCAAGUUCAAGAAGGAGCCCGGCAUGGCGGGCGGGAGGCUGCUGGGCUACGACAGCAACGGCGCGGUGGCUAAAUCAGGGGCACGGGCUGCGAGGAAGAGAAAGCCUUCUCCAGAGCCGGAAGGUGAAGCCGGACCUCCUAAAAUCAAUGGCGAGGCGCAGUCAUGGCUACCAACCUCGUCAGAAGGGAUGAAGAUCUCCAUGGCAGCUGCGUCCUUCAUGUCCCCGCCGCCGCCAACUGCUUCGCCUCAUUCCAACCGGACCACGCCACCCGAGGCAGUCCAGAACGGCCAGUCCCCGAUGGCGGCGCUCAUUUUAGUUGCAGACAAUGCUGGGGGGAACCAUGCCUCCAAAGAUGCCAACCAGGUCCACUCCACCACCAGGAGGAAUAGCAGUAGCCCGCCCUCUCCAUCCCCUAUGAACCAAAGAAGGCCAACCCGGGAGGUGCAGAGUCAAGGGGCAAAUGCCGGAGGGAUGGAGCCUGUGCACCCCGCCAGCCUCCCAGACUCUUCGCUGGCAGCUAGCGUCCCCCUGUGCUGCACCCUGUGUCACGAGCGCCUGGAAGACACCCACUUUGUGCAGUGCCCCUCUGUCCCAUCCCACAAAUUUUGCUUCCCUUGCUCCAGACAGAGCAUCAAACAGCAAGGAGCUAGUGGGGAGGUCUAUUGUCCCAGUGGGGAGAAGUGCCCUCUGGUGGGCUCCAAUGUCCCUUGGGCCUUCAUGCAGGGCGAGAUUGCAACCAUUCUUGCAGGAGAUGUGAAAGUGAAAAAAGAGAGGGACUCUUGACUUUCCCAGUUUCUCAAUGCAACGUCAACCUUAACAUAAAACUGCUUGAAUUGUAUAUAUCUAUAAAUACCUAUAAAUAUCUAUAUAUAUAUUAUAUAUAUAUAUAUCUCCAAGACAAGGGAAAUGUAGACUUCAUAAAACAUGGCUGUAUAAUUUUGAUUUCUUUUUUUGAAUACAUUGUGUUUCUAUAUUUUUUUUGAAGACGAAAGGUAUGUACUUAAUGUACUUUUUCCCCUUCUUUUUUUUUGGUUAUAGCAAUUAUUUGUUGUGCUUCCUUGGUGAGUUACUGUUUUCAGUGUAGGCUGUGACUUGCGCUGCUUUUUUUAGAGAGCACUUGGCAAACCAGAAAUGCUUCUAGCUGUGUUUGUAUGCACUUGUUUUUUCUUCUUCUUCCUCCUCCUCUCCUUUUUUGUUCUUUUUUUAAAAUGCCAAAUACAUCUGACAUUGUAAAGAACGCCUUACUGUUGGUGGUUCCUUAUUUUUUGCCCUCACUAAUUCAUGCUGGAGGCAUGCAGGUUUUAGAGAUAACAUGGCAUUAAAGGUGUUCAUAGGAUUAAAGUGGGAAUGCCACUCAGUCCAGUCCAAAGACAGGGGAGAAAGCACAAGGGGUUUCAUUUGGAAAGUCAUUCCCUUGCUGCUAUUGCUGCUACUGCUGCAAAAAUGGCCAGAUUUUUCAAGUAGUUUUGUUUCCAUAAGGAGGUUGCCUUCAGAGCAUUAUGCUAAGUGAGGCGCUGUUGCUUUAGGAAUUGGGGAGUUUGUUUUUUUCUUAAAGGCAGAGUUGACCACAGUUCAAGAGGUUGGUUGUAAGAUUGCAAAACUGCAUUUAUUCAAUUACGUAAUGUUCCUGCAGAAUUUUUGUGAUAAGUUAGUUUAUUGUCUUAACUGUGCAUUGGUGCAGACAGAAUAGCACUGCCAUUUUUUAAAACAAAUCCAUACCUUUUCAGCACCAUUUAACAUCACCACUUCUUCCAUGUUCAUGUGGAAAACUCUGAAGCAGAUUUUAUUUUUAUUUUUUUAUUUACUUAAUAUAGUGCAGGUGGGCUUUGAUCUUGCUUAUCACUUAAGUAUGAUAAUGUUGUUAUUGUUACUAUUGCUGACAUCAUGUUGCCAGGUUGUGGCAGGUAGCACUAUGGUAAUAACAGCAGCAUAUGAGGCUUUUACCUGGCUUGCCUAUUACGGCAGCAUAGAGAUUAGUGAAAAAUUCUACCUGAAAUUUCAUAAUACUUGUGUUGGAGAGAACUAAUUCUCAUCUAAAUGGAACAGCUUGGGAUUUAAAUCAACUCCAGUUUCUUGCCUUUUAGACUACUUUCAAGAAUUCUUUUGUAAAAUUAUUAUUUUGAUCACACUUUUUUUUGCAUCAGACAGCAACAUUUUUAAUCAAUAAAUCAUCAGUUACUAGAAAUAGUUAAGCCUUACUGUAGUGAUUCUGUGCUGUUUACAGUUGUGUUAGCAACACUGCUGUGCAAGCCCUUGUGCUAAGUGUUUAUAAUAUGUCACAUAGACUUGUUUGAAGCAGAAAGAUGGUUAUACGGUCCCCAUCUCUGUGGCAAAUAACACUAUACAUUUUGAUGUUGAGAGAAUCUGUUCAACUAGGUUUAACAGUUUUUGAUGCUGUUGGGUCAGACUGUUCUUAUGUGUUAAUGUUCAGACUGCUAUUGAAUGCAGAAUAGAUUUUGGUAGGCUUCUUUUUUUUUAAUGGUCAUGACAUUUGGAAAUCCAAACUGCACAUGCACAGUAACUUUUCUUUUUUGAAGCGUUUUAAGUACACCCACUAGCAUUGUGUUCCAUAUUACAGGUCAGUGUAAUUUAAAUAACAAGAUUUGCAUGAUAAACCAAUUCAAUGCUCUUUAAAAUGAUAGAAGUACAUAUAGUGCAGACUGGUGUCUUAUGUAAACACAUGUUUAGACAGUUCGAGAGGGAAAAAACGCACAUAUAUACAACUGUAAAGGAUUCUUUGGAACCACUAUAGUCUGUGGAAAUAUGUAUUUAGGCACUUUAUUAAAAAUUGGAUUUUGAAUUGAUAGAUGGUAACAAGUUCUUAAGAAUCUCUUUGACAUGAUACCUCAUGUAUUAUACCAAUUUGUAUGGAGAAACUGCAUUCUAGGUAAGAGAAUAUCCAUACCAAAAUUUUCCUGGAAAGUUCGUUGUGAUGUCUUGGCAUGUAGUUCAGAUUUGAGCUUCUUGACUUGAAGUGGGGAUGAUAGUAACUUUUUUCUUGCUAAGACUAUUCAGGCUUGUCAAGGUAUUGAAAGGCAUUUGAUCUAGAUCUCCAACAAAAGCUCUUUUACUACACUUAUAUCCUGAAUAAGUGUCUUCAUAUAUUGUAGCCCAGUAAUAUCACUGUAUGUUCUUUAAAGUAGUUUAAAUAGUGGGAAAGUUUAGGCCUUGUCAUACCACAUGAUGACAGCUGGAACACAUUUCAAAGCUCUCCACCUGUUCAGUCAACUCCUUCCAAACCUGUUAAGGUGACCGGUUCUAACAUGCAUUAUAAAUUCAUAAUACAGAAACGUCAUAAACUAGUACAUGAUUUUUUGAUCAAUUGGGCCUAUUGUAAUUUUAGUUUGUUUCCUGACAAGUUUAUGACAUCACCACAGUGGAUCACAUUAUAUUUACUAUAUGUUUUCUUGGCUACAACGUUUUUUUAAAGUGCUUUAGCUGCAACAGUACUACCAUUAAUCUCUGAUAAUAAUGCAAACCUUGAUUCCAUUGCAGCUAGUGUGAACUGAGUCAUUAAUUCCAAUGGAGUCAGGCUUUGCACCCUUACUUUUUUGAAGUUUUUAAUGGUGAUAAUUUGUAUAGCAAUAAAGCAAAAUGUUGUUUUAAUGAAGAGUGUGAUUGUCAAAAUCUCACCUUCAUUUACACUUUUAAGUUACUUUUAUUGAAAUAUCACCUGCACUAUGCUUUCAUUGUUUAUAGUUACUAAACUAACACAUUACUAUUUUUUCCUAUUAUUUUUUAUCUUUUGCAUUGAAUAAAAUGAAACUAGGAGCUUUAAA